AAUAUGUUAAAACUUAAAAUAUGUGAUCAAGGUCCAGUUUGAUUAGAAAUUGGACACAGUUUCAGUUCGGUGGAGUUAUUAGCCCUUUUGUUUUGAACUAAACAUAAACCUACGAAUCGGACGCCAACUUCAUCCCUGUCAGGAGGCAAAGAGAAGGCGUUUCACAGCAGCAUCAUCAUCUAAUGGCGACGGUCAAACCCAAUCACGCCUCAAUCAAGCGCCGGUUAUCAGUGUCAAAUUAAAAGUCUUCCCAAAGGAAGCUGUCUUUUUGUUAUUGUCCAACAUUUAUGUAAAAUUAGGUUUUUACGCAGCGCUAUUGUGAUCUGGAGAAGGAAAGGCGCAGGAUGGAGCGUCUCAAAGACGCGCCGCGCAGACUGACCGACGGCCCUUUGUGUCUUUAAGUUGUUUAUGUCGAAGCGCUUUCUGCAGGAAUCAGUCUCAGAUCCUCACUAAUCAUGGACGUCUGCUGAUGAAUUGAGUUUCCUUGGAGCGAGAGAUCAGCUGAUGUUGGCAGCUCUUGAACGAAUGAAUGAAAAAGUUGAUCACUUCACCUUCGCCAAAAGGACUCCAUGUCUUUCUUGGACUGUUCCUGCAUAUCCCACUCUCAGGUCCAGCCCAUGGACAGAGAGGAGCGCUAUGGAGACACCAGCCACCAGUUUCUGUUUUUGCCUUGGAUGCCCUGCAGAGCUGCGACGGUUCCGAAUACACCCUGCAAGGCCCGGCCGGCGGCGAUGACAUCACGGGGCUGUCGCCCGAGCCGGCCCAUUACCAGCUGCUGAACGAGCUGGGUAAAGGGUUCAAUAACCUGAGCCAGGUGAGCAUGGCACGACACAUCCCGACCGGCCAACUGGUGGCUGUCAAGCAAACCAACCUGGACGAAUGCACAGAGGAGGAACUGCUGCAGCUCAUGAACGAGGUUCUUCUCUCUCGGUUCUUCCGUCACUCCAACUUGCUGACGUCCCGCCUGGUGUUCUGCUCGUCCUGCCAGCUGUGGGUGCUGACGCCCCUCAUGGCCUACGGCUCUGCAGACGCCUUACUCAGAACUUUUUUCCCUGAUGGAAUGAGUGAAUCCCUGAUCGCCUACCUGCUGCACGGCGUCCUGAAAGCGCUGGAUUACCUGCAUCGGAUGGGCUACGUUCACCGCGGGGUGAAGGCCAGUCACAUCCUGCUGUCAGAGGAGGGCCGAGUCUACCUGUCGGGCCUGCACAGCGUCUACAGCAUGAUGCGUGACGGGAAGAGGAUGAGGGCCGUGUUCGACAUGCCGCACCACAGUCCAGCGCUGCUGCCCUGGCUCAGCCCAGAGCUGCUGCGGCAGGACCUGCAUGGUUACGGCGUGAAGUCGGACAUCUACAGUUUGGGAAUUGUAGCCUGUGAGCUGGUGAGUGGCAGGGUGCCCUUCCAGGACAUGCCACCCACUCAGAUGCUGCUUCAGAAGCUGCGUGGCUCCCACUGCUGCCUGCUGGACGUGGCUCCCUUCCCGCUGGGCGAGCUGGGCGGCUUGAAGGUCUCCCGCUCCGGGGUGGACUCCGGCAUCGGGGAGAGCGUGGCCACCGGGAGCCUGACGCACAGCGCCACCGCGCCGCCCACCGACCGGCCGCAGAGCCCGGGACCCAAAAACCACUCGGCGACGCUGCACAGCCUGGUUCAGCUGUGCCUGCAGCAGCAGCCGGAGCGCAGGCCGACUGCUUCUGAACUGUUGAGCCACGCCUUCUUCAAGCAGGUGAAGAGGCACACCAGAGACUCUUUCCUCAGUUUGAUGUACCCAGCACUGCCCCUCUGCUGCCCUGAGGACCGGCCCGUGUCCAGCCCACCGGGCUCCACGCAUCCCGCUCCACCAUCAGCCACCGCCGAGCCUCCAGAGGCAGCGUGGGACUUCUCCGACUAG